ACGAUCUCUCUAUAAAUACACCGUGUGCCAGGAGCAACCAACAAACCUUUCCCCAAGGACUCUUCAUCGGAGCUCAAGAUCCGCGCAGAGAUAUCAAAAUGAAAGCUGUGGCACUCCUGAUGGUUAUUGCUCAUGUGGCACUUGGAGAUAGUCCCGACCCCACCAAAGUUUGCAUGCCGGACCAACUCAGCGCCACAGAAUUCAAUCUGAUGGAUGCGUCUUUUGCUAACGUGACAGUUGACUUCGGAAAAAAGAGGUCCGCAAGACUUGAAAAUGGAGUUAGGACUGUUGUUGACUAUGCAAACCUCAAGGCAUAUGUUAUUGACAGCAAUGGCUGCACAUCAAGCGCAGCUUCUCCAUACCAACUGCUCUUCAAAUGCCUCCCAGCUAUGGCAAAGUAUGCCGGCCAGCUGGCAUUCGGCGUUGAAUCUCCAAGAACUCUGGACGUAUGGCGUCUUAACUUGGGGACCUUCAACCUCACAAUGCUUGGGUCAACUACACCAGGUGUCGGCUCCUACCCCGUGCUCAGAAAACUCUUCACUCCAUCCGGAUUCACCAUCAGUCUUCUAGAGAAUGCCAGACCAAAAGUAUUUGAUCCCACUGUCCUCGACAUCCCAAAUGACUGCACCGAAGCCCCUGUUGUUGGUUAAAUAUUCUAAACCAAACGAAUGUUCAUAUCAUUUGCAUUUUCAAGUGUACGUAUUUGUCGAGUAUUAAAGACUUGAAUAACA